GCGCCUCUGCCUCAUCAGCAUCAGCAUCAUCAGAUGCGCGCAGAUCACGCCAAACAGCGCACUGGUUUAUCAGCAGGUGUGUGACUGAAACAGAAGAUAAUCGAUAUCAAUAGGCUACAUAGCCACCUGUGUGUGUUCUAUAUAUCUGACUCUCAUUUCUUUGGAUCACCGAUUGAACCGUUUUGAUGGUUUGAUUCCCAGCGGGCGUUAGCAGUCAGUGUGGCCGAAAAGGAGAGAGAAUAAAGCGAGAUCAUAUUUAAUAUCCGCUUCUCCAGUGUCUGUGGAUGGGCUGCGGACAUCUGCAUCUGCAGUCUCUGUUUUUGAGUCACUAAGAAGAUGGCGGACAGGGCAGAGAUGUUUUCUCUCUCCACCUUCCACUCCCUCUCUCCUCCGGGAUGCAGGCCAGCUCAUGACAUCAGUCUGGAAGAGUUUGAUGAUGAAGAUUUGUCUGAAAUCACAGAUGAUUGUGGCAUAGGCCUCAACUACGACUCUGAUCCAUAUGAAAAGGACUGCUUAAUUUUGGAAAAGAAUGAUUAUCACCACCCAGUAUGCUCAUUCCAAGAUGACUUCCAAGAGUUUGAGAUGAUCGAUGAUGAAGAUGAAGAGGAAGAAGAAGAGGAAGCAGAUCCUGAUGCCCCUCCCUCACCAUCAGCAUCUCCUCCCCCCUCCCCUACUCUGGGCACACUCAAGAGCCGCCCAACCACUCUAAACCUGACAGUACCAGUUUCACAGGACUCCCUAAACAACAACAGCAAUGUGUCACCACGAAAGUCAAGCUGGCAGGAUUCUCUUCGAAACUCGACUUCACAGGGCUGUUUGUCUCCGAACCACUCUUGCCUUGAGGACGGUUCCCAUGUGACCAACUCAUGCCCAGGGGCUCCAGACACCAACGGCUCUGCCAAAGGUACACCCUCAAACCCACCAGGACAUUGCGGUCUUCAUCAGUCACCUGGCAGGCCGCUGCUGUACGACUUUGAGGGCAACAGACGAGAGCGACUUGAAUACGGCUCCUUUGGUCAACAUAACUCUUCAAGUGGCUCUGAGGCAACUGAGGUGAAAGCUGAUGUUGAGGAAUCCACUCUAAGCGAGCUUGUCCCCUCGGUUGAUGACUGCACUUCUCAGUGCUCCGACACAGAGGUCGACCACGACCUGAAUGGCCAUGUCAAACGUCGACCUUGCCGCUCUCGACCCACCAAUGACACCUACACCGUGACCACUGAGACUGCUGACGAUGACCAAGAGUUAGAAAACGAUGGCACCAGUAGGUGUUUGUCCUCAACUGCACCUCUUGGUAAUGAUGCCGAGACUCCACUAUCGGACGAGGAGCUGGACAAAGAAUUUGCCAUUGACUUCAUGAGUAAGGAGACCUAUGAUCACACCUGCAAGGAAGCUGGGGGCUCUUCGUACAUUGAGUUCCCCUGCAUUGAACCAACAGAGUCCAUUUCUGUCUCCAGCUACGUGUCAUCCAGUCGAUCAGACAUUCUUGAUGCUAUGGAUGAACCCCGACACAUGCAUCAGGGCCAACCUGCUCCUGCAAAUGACACAACUUCACCUUCCUCAGAUCCAGGUAUCGCUGAUAUGAACACCAAACGCUAUGCUGAGUCAGACCGCCACAGCGAUGACCUUAGCUCUCCUGGUUCGGACUCUGAUAUCGAAGGGGAAAUUGAGGCUGCAUUUGCGUGUGGUGGUACACUUGCUAGUAACAUGAUUUCCUCCAUCUCAGAGACAGAGCUGGACCUAACAAGUGAAUCCAGCAGUGGGCGUUCCUCGCACCUCACCAAUUCCAUUGAAGAAGCCAGCUCCCCAACCUCAGACCAAGAACUGGACCAGGAGCUGGACACAGAGCAGGACAGUGGUAUUGUUGGUCUAAAAGCAUCUCUUCUUCUGGGCCAACCUGACCCAAUUAAACAAGACCCUUUACCAUUCCUAGAUCCCAGCCCAGAUAUGUUGCAACUAGAUGACGGCCAAACUCUUAUGGGUCUGCAGAACGUAGAUGACGAACAGGGUUACGAGCACCAGGCUGAUCCAGAUGAGACUCUUCCCCCUGCCGUACCCUGUGAGGAUAGCAACUCUCAGCAGUUGUUGUUAAAGAUUGAGCCCGACCACAGUCUUGAAAGCUUCAAACGCUCCUUCUACUUGCCGGUUGGCCCCAAACUUAUGCCCUCUGUGGACGACUACGAUGGCAACAGCGAGGGGGAGUCUGAGUCAGAGUCCGAGGACGAGCUCAGUGAAAACUCGGAUUCUCCUUGGCUUCUCAGCAAUCUGGUCAACAGGAUGAUAUCAGAAGGCUCAUACCCAAUCAGCUGCCCAGAGGAGUGCUUCAAACGGUCAGCCUCCAUCUCCGACACCAUCUCGCCCUCGUCGGACAUAGAAACGGAUGAUUUCAAUGAGACAGAUGGCGGCAAUUUGCAAAAGCAGAAAUCUGAAGAAAAGUCACAAGAGGUCACCUCUGAAAGGUCAGAGAUGAGAGUGGAGGAAGAGAAGGAGAAAGAAGCCAGCUCUGUAUUUGAAGAGGGACAAAAAGAAAGGAAGAAAACAGACUCUUGUCUCUACAUGAGCAACCCCACAUAUGGCACUGUUACACCUGUCUUUAUGGCGAGAUUCGAUGCAAGAACAAAGAACUACGAAACGGAAGAUUUCCCACCCCAGAACUCAUUGAAAAACAAGCAGAAAGAGGAAGAGGAGGAGCCAAAUAAUGACUUAAUGAUGGAGAGAAUGAAAGAGCUGGACUCUCCCAGCUUAAGCGAGAGCAUAAUCAGUGACAAGGACGAGGGACGGGAGACAUGGGUCGAUCAGCUCACUUUGCAGCGAAUCACAGAAGUCAAAAACAGCCUUACGCUGGACCUCCCAACAGCACAGACCAAUCACUGUUUCAGUCUUACUUACUCAACAGAUAAUAAUGAAGAUGAGCAAGAUACCUCCCCUUUUCUGGAUGAUAUUCACAAGGCACCUUCACCCUUUGGAAAUGAGACUUACCUGGACAGCUCCCCUCCUAUUGACGAAAGUGUACGAGAGUUUAGGAAUGCAACCUCCAACCGGCCCAUUGAUGACUCCUUGGCAUAUGAUUCGAUGAAGUACACCCUAGUGGUGGAUGAAAACACAACGCUCGAGCUGGUGAGUCUGAAGCGCUGUACCUCUGUCCUUAGUGAGGACAGUGACGGACUCUCUACUAUCUGUGAUGAAGAAGGGGUUGAUGAAGAUGAAGACAUUUACGGGCAGGGCCAGACAGUAGGAGGCAUGAGACCCGAUUUGGUGUUAAGUUCCUCUGAAGAAGACUCCUCCCCUGAGGCAGAUUUGCCUUUCUCAAAGAAGUUCCUCAAUGUGUUUGUCAACAGCACGUCACGGUCCUCCAGCACAGAGUCCUUUGGACUUUUCUCAUGCACUAUAAAUGGAGAAGAAAGAGAUCAGACUCACAGAGCAGUCUUCAGGUUCAUCCCACGACAUGCAGAUGAGCUGGAGUUAGAUGUUGAUGAUCCAUUAUUCGUUGAGGAAGAGGAGGAUGAUUACUGGUACCGUGGGUACAAUAUGCGCACAGGGGCCAGGGGGAUUUUCCCAGCGUAUUACGCCCACGAGGUUGUUGGCCAAACAAAAGACCUAAUGACAAUGAAGAGGAACCCUGCUUGGAUGGAAAGCUUCCGAGUGCAGUUCCUGGGUUCCGUGGAGGUUCCUUAUCACCAAGGCAACGGCAUUCUGUGUGCUGCCAUGCAGAAGAUCGCUAUGGCAAGGAAGAGGACGGUGCAUCUUCAUCCCCCAUCUAUUUGUGAGCUAGAAAUAAGCAUGCAGGGUGUGAAACUAGUCAUGAGUUUGGAUGAUGAGUACGACCUUUCAGGGGAGUUUGACAGAUGUAGUCACUUCUUCCAAAUGAAAAACAUCUCCUUCUGUGGAUGUCACCCUAGAAACAACUGUUAUUUUGGUUUUAUCACCAAGCACCCGAUGCUGAACAGGUUUGCAUGUCACGUCUUCGUCUCUCAGGACUCCAUGAGACAUGUAGCCGAGUGUGUGGGACGGGCAUUCCACGAGUACUACCAGGAGCACUUAGAAUACGCCUGUCCUACUGAAGAUAUCUACCUUGAGUAGAGGAGGAAAAGGGUAACCAUGGCAACUGCUGACAGAUGUCUGUUCCUGGGCUUGGCCACUACGAGGCGCCUGGCAGCCUUCUCAAAUGUAACAUAGGCCUAAUCUCUUUAUUCACUUCCUCAGUUUCUCUUGUUCUCUCAACAUGAACUGAGCUGAAUACUCUACAUAGGCUCUUAGUGGUCUUUCUAUUUAUUUAAAUGUUUAUCGAUUAAUUUAUUCUCUUUACUGAGACGGAUUGCCUGUUUAUUUAACUUUUCUACUAUAUAAUUAAUUAGGGACAUGGUUCGGGGUGGAAACAUUGGUUCGAUUUCUUUUUUUUAUAUAUAUAGUCCUGGUUUAGAAAAGGUGAAAUAUGACUUCAUGUUUGAAUGCAUGGCUUUGAGGGUUAUGCUCACAAACACACAUACACACAGGAGAAAUCUAACAGGCAAUGUCUGAAAUCGAAAAGCAAUGAAAGGUUUGAGUCUGAAGACCAGGAUUGUUUGUAUAUAUGUAUUUGUCUGAUUCUAAUACAUUGCUGUACUGGGU